UCUACACUGGGUUGUGCAUUCUGCAAUGUCUUUAACCCUUAAGGAUUAAAGGCCAACUUAUGAGUCGCAGAAGCAACAUGCAACACUUUUGUAAUUGUUGAUACAAUUCAGAACUGAUUAUCAGUAGUAGUAACUGAUAAUUAGUGGUAACUGACAUCAACCGCAGCUUGAUCCGUUGUUACAAAGUUGGCUUCUUCUUCUUCUUCUUCUUCUUCUUCUUCUUCUUCUUCUUCAUCAUAAAGGUGCCAUUACAAAGUUCUUCCUCUAUAUAGAUGAGCAUGAUUCUCUAACACUCUGUAUUGGAUGUUAAAAAUAUUGAACAUUGAAGCUUUAUAAUUGUUGUUUCAAUCAUCCAGGUAACUUUCAUGGUUUCCUAAACCUGUUGAGCUUAGAGUUGGAUCUGGUACAAUGGUUCUCCGGUCAACUCUUGACGUCGAUCGUUUCAAUAACCUCAUCGUCAACCAGGUUGUUAUUCAUCCAUCAGAACUAUGGAACGGAUUCACGGGACGCUUAAAGCAUCCAAGUUUGCACCAGAAGAUGUUAUUAGCAAUAUGCCAAACGAUGUUGUAACUCAUAUUCUGGAGCGAUUGCCAUUACAAGAUGCAGUGAGGACCGGCAUCUUGUCGAGAAACUGGAGGUUUAAAUGGACUAUGCUUAGCCAACUCAUAUUUGAUGACAACUUCUUUGAGUAUUUAUUAGAAACAGAAGGCGAAAACAAUUAUGGGAGUAUUAUAAGCAGCCUUAUUCCUCAUCUUAAAGGCGUCAUAACAAAGUUUGUCCUCUACAUAGAACAGCGAACUUACCGCAUAUUGGAUGAUGAAGAUAUUAACCAUUGGAUUUUGUUGUUGUCUAAAAAUGGAAUUAAGGAUCUCACUUUUUGUAAGGAGAAUGGGCCGCGACUUAAGUUGCCUAAACAUCUCUUCUCUUGUUUGGAGUUGCAACAUUUGAAGCUUGUUUCGUGUUGUUUUGAUCCUCCUGCAAGUUUUAAUGGUUUUCCGAAUCUAUUGAGCUUGGAGUUGCGUAGUGUGCAAUUUGACAGUGGAAAAUUUGGGGAGUUUUUUACUCAGUGUCCUGUACUUGAGACUUUAAACUUCGGUUUUACCUUUCCUGCCGGCAACGUGAAACAAACUGAGAUUUCAAAACUUGCAAAUCUCAAAAUAUUAUCUUUGUUAUUGUUUAGUCUCGAGAAUACGAUGAUUACAAGUUCGAGUAGCAUCUUUGAGCUUGUGGGUUCUUUUCCUAAGCUUGAAGAGCUUCAUUUGGAUUUUAUAAAGUUUAAGUUCACAGAAGGUGAUGCUGAAAAGAGGUUCCAUACCACUUUUCCCUGCUUCAAAACUCUCAAAUUAUCAAGAAUAGAUCUAUGCAAUGGUAUUAUGUUAUCAUGUGCUUUCGAAAUGAUUAGGAGCUUCCCGAAUUUGGAGACCCUUGAAAUUACCGCAAGUUAUUGGGAUGAUUCCCCAACACCUGGAAAUUGUUCUCUGGAGGUAGACUUCAACACAGUGGGGUUGUUGCAGCUUCGGGACGUGGUGUUUACAUAUUUGAAAGGUUCAGAGAACGAAGUAUUUUUGAUAAAGUAUUUACUUGCGUGUUCCCCUUUCCUAAAAAAAAUUGUUAUUCAUCCCCACUCGUGUCUAGCGUCCGAUGAAAAGUUGAUGUUUGCUAUGAAGUUGUUGAAGCUCCAUCGAGCCUCCCCCGUAGCUGAAAUUGACCUCUGCUGGUUUUAGCUGUUUUGAACUUGUCUCUGUAAAUUUCUCACGAAACACCAUUAUCUUUUCGGGCUCACAGAUAACAUAUUGGUUUGGUUCAGUUAUACAAACUUUGGAUUAUAAAACAUAAAUAUCAUUCAGUUCGUCGUUAUAUUCAUUAUCGACCAUGUAUUUUGCAAGAUUCAA